CACGUGGACUUGGGCGGUGCUGCCCUGUGGGUUGGCCUGGGCCUGAGGCGGGACGGCACCGUACUGGGACACAACGGGUGUCCAUGCCAUCCCAGCGCCCCAGCCUGAUGCAGCCAACAACAGAGGAGACCCGCAAGACCCCAUUUGCAGCAGCAGAGGAUACACAAUGGUCCAGGCCUGAGUGCCAGGCGUGGACGGGGAUGCUGCUCCUGGGCACCUGCCUGCUGUACUGCACUCGAGUCACCAUGCCCGUCUGUACCCUUGCCAUGAGCCAGGACUUCGGCUGGAACAAGAAGGAGGCUGGUAUCGUGCUCAGCAGCUUCUUCUGGGGCUACUGCCUGACUCAGGUGGUGGGCGGCCACCUUGGGGAUCGCAUCGGAGGCGAGAAGAUCAUCUUGCUGUCAGCCUCCACCUGGGGCUUCAUUACUGUCGUCACACCCUUGAUCGCUCACCUUGGCAGCGGCCACCUGGCCUUCAUGACAUUCUCACGCAUCCUUAUGGGUCUGCUGCAAGGUGUUUACUUCCCUGCCCUGACCAGUCUGCUUUCCCAGAGGGUGCAGGAGAGCGAAAGAGCGUUUACCUACAGCACUGUGGGAGCUGGCUCCCAGUUCGGGACCCUGGUGACCGGGGGCAUAGGCUCGGUGCUCCUGGACUGGUGCGGCUGGCAGAGCGUCUUCUACUUCUCCGGAGGCCUCACCUUGCUCUGGGUGUACUAUGUGUACAGGUGCCUGCUGAACGAGAAAGAUCUUUUUCUGGCCCUGGGUGUCCUGGCGCAAGGCCUGCCUAUGGCCAGGCCCUCCAAAGUGCCCUGGAGACAGCUCUUCCGGAAGCCCUCUGUCUGGGCAGUGGUCUUCUCUCAGCUGUCCUCGGCUUGCUCCUUCUUCAUUCUACUCUCCUGGCUGCCCACCUUCUUCAAGGAGACCUUCCCCCACUCCAAGGGCUGGAUCUUCAAUGUGGUGCCCUGGCUGCUGGCGAUUCCUGCCAGUCUCUUCAGUGGCUUCCUCUCUGAUCGCCUCAUCAGUCAGGGUUACAGAGUCAUCACAGUGCGUAAGUUCAUGCAGGUGAUGGGCCUCGGUCUGUCAAGCAUUUUUGCCCUGUGUCUGGGUCACACCACAAGCUUCCUCAAGGCUAUGAUCUUUGCAUCAGCUUCCAUUGGCUUCCAGACCUUCAACCACAGUGGUAUUUCAGUCAACAUUCAGGACCUGGCCCCAUCCUGUGCUGGUUUUCUGUUUGGUGUGGCCAACACUGCAGGGGCCUUGGCAGGUGUGAUAGGCGUGUGUCUGGGUGGCUAUCUGAUUGAGGCCACUGGCUCCUGGACGUGUAUUUUCAACCUAGUGGCCGUCAUCAGCAACCUGGGACUGGGCAUCUUUCUGGUGUUCGGCAAGGCCCAGCGGGUAGACCUGGCCCCUGCUCAUGAGGACCUGUAGCUUUCUACCUACCCAGACCCACCCAGGAUCCUGAUGUCGACAGCCUAAGGACAACAGCUGUGUUGGUGAAACCCUGCAUCUGAACCUCAGAUGUAUUAGCAUGGUCUCCCGGGGAACCCCUAUGAGUUGGAGAGACUGGUGGAGACAGACGCCAGAACUCACACACAGGCCCGUGCCAGAAGUAGGGUCAUGGCCUCCCUGAGCUUCAGCGGCCCCAUCUGCUAGUCAGGACCAUCCUGACCCUCCUCUCAGACUCAGCGGACUGCUGCCCGCUGUUGCGGAUUCUGCGUUGCUGAUGGGAGCCUUCUACCAUCCAGUCCGUGCGGGUUGUUUCUACGAUAAGUUGAACACAUCUCUGUGUUGAAGAUACGUCUCAUGUGCUGGGAGGAUGUUCAGGAGCAGCUCUGACACCUGCCGACUCUGGGCAUCUUCCAACCUCCAUCCCUCCAGUAGUGAUAGCCCCAGAUGCCUAUAGACAUUCAACCAUGUCCCCAUGGUCAGACAGGCCCACAAGAACCACGGUGCUAGAGAAGUCACUGUUCCUGCUUUUCCCCGGAAGUCAGGCUGGCGCUGUAGCUGGACCAGUGUGCGCUGGCUAGAGGUCCUUGCCUGCCUCCGCAGACCCUCCACAGCCCCCCUGGUUCUCUUCCUGUGGAUCCCUCAGCACUACUGAUGUGUCCAGGGUAGGUAGGUGCGCCUGGCACUCCUUGGACUCUGCCUGGACACUCCAGCUACCACAGACCCCAGAACAUGGUGAAACCUCCCCCUGCUUUCUGGCCUUGUUUUUCUACCUCUCCUUUUAUACCUUGUGGAGCUGGUGGUUUUAUGAACUGAUAAUGAAUUCUCCAAGAUGCCUGUUAGAGAUUAUCUUUAUAAAUAAUGGCGGGUCUCACCAAAACCUUAUUUAAGUGAAAACUAUUAAAUUAUUUGAAA